AUGAGCGGCAACGAGCUGAGCACCGCGGACGCUUGCGAUCAGUUCUCCGACAAAGUCCAGCUGGUCGAUCCUACCAUCCAGUGGCGGUGGUUUGGCCAGAAGCGGGCCAUUCGCGGCUUUGCGGCAACCGUUCGGUGUCUCGAGGACAACUCGAAACCGGGCAACGGCCGAGUCCUGGUCGUGGAUGGCGGCGGCUCCUUCAACUGCGCGCUCGUCGGCGACCAGCUUGGCCAGCUGUGCAUCACCAACAACUGGGCUGGCAUUAUUGUCUACGGUUGCAUUCGCGAUGCAAACGUGCUCAACGCCAUGGACGUCGGCGUCCUGGCGCUCGGCACCAAUCCUCGCAAGUCAAACCGCGCCAAUCGCGGCGAUUGCCAGGUCCCGGUCACCAUUGGCGGUCGGGAGUUUCUUCCCGAUGCGACGUGGGUGACGGCGGAUGGCGAUGGCAUUCUGCUCUCGACCAGUGCCUUGUGA